AUGAUCACAAGGCACCUGGUAGUGCUCUUCAGCCUCUCCUCAAUAAUCUCAGCUGGCUACUGGCCCGCCUUCCUCGACCGCGCUGCCCUCAACGUCAGACAAGUCCUUGGAGCAGACACCGAAACAGCAACUCUCAACACAGCUACAGAGACCGCCAACACUGCUGUGACGCCCACCCCAACUCCAACUCCCGCCAACCGCUGCCGCUGCCGCUGCACCAACACAGAGACUGCAGUCACUCCCACGCCCGCAGUCAACACUCCCGCCGCAGCAAACCCACUCACCGAAACCGGCACAGCCACGGACACAGACACCGACACACCAACACCCACCCCAACACCAGCCAAGCCCGCCGUCGCAGCAGCACCGCCAGCGGCCGUCAACCCCGCUGCAGUGGCCCCGCCAGCCGAUGCCAAUAUUCCGGCUGCGUCGUUCAGCAUACCCUUCGACGAGCAGACGGGCACGUUGAGGUAUGCGCCCAUGCCCAAGAAGCCGGGGACGAAGAUCACGGUGAAGGAUCAGACGAUGUUGUAUCCGACCAGUGCGUAUAAUAUCUUCAUGACGAACCAGCCGGCGGGGAGUGUGGUGCAGACGUAUACGCAGCCGGCGACGUAUGCGAGUGUUGUUAGUCGAGAGGCUACAGAGAUUGCUGCAGCGCCCGCUCCUGCGGACGCCAACAUGCAGAAGUUCUUGAACCGGUGGCGGGACUGA